AUGUUUGAAUCUUUGGUCCAGGAUAAUUUUUGUCAAUCAUCUGCGCAGUUCUCACAAAUCCUUGCGUCGUUAACUCCGUCGCUCCAAAGUCUCAUGACCGCAGCAAGAUUCGCUUUAAAGAACGCAGCCAAUGAAGACUACCUCUUCCCACAUUUCCCGCAAACAAAUGUCCAAGAACUCAUGUUGAAGUAUGAAACCCAGAAUGAGUUGCUCACUGCUGAAGAUCUAACUAAUAUCGAAAACGAUGUACCCUUCUCAGAACAACCUCCAACUCCAUCACCUCAAGAUACAGAAGAUCCUUUGAUAAGUGCGUGGAAGAUACUUGUGUGGAAAAAGAGACAGAGCAGAUAUGAAAGAAUCAGAAUACAAAAACAUAGUGACGUUAUCACCGGUGAGAUCCAAGAAGAAGAAAUGUUCAAUUUGGAUGAUAAGCAGCUGCUUUCAAGACAACAGAUCACCAUGAGAAUGGAAAGUGAUAGAGAAUCUCACAAGAGAUCAAAGGAAACCUUAUGGAUAGUCAAUAGACCUCAUGAGCCAAACUAUGUCACCGAAGAAGAAUUUGCCCACAAUUAUUGGAAUAAAGUGCAAAAAAUGAGUUCUGAAGAAUAUUCAAGUCUCUUGGAUGUCUUGGGAGAUUUGAACAAACUGGUGAGGUCCAGUUUCAAAGAUAAUAUAGCAUAG